CUGGAGCCUCCGGGCCCCAGAGCCGCACCAGAACCGUCGGAGACUCCCGGUGGCCGCGCGCACAGCUUUCCAGUCUUCGUUCUGGUCUCUGCCCCGAGGAUGCCGCAGUCGCUGAGCGCGUGGGACCGGCCCCUGUGCCUCGCCGAGGUGGACGAGAAGCCGGCGCGCCCGCUGCGGGUCUGCUAUGGGGCUGUGGAGCUCCGGGAUCUGGGCCAGACGCUCACUCCAACCCAGGUAAAAGGGCUCCCCCGAGGCGGCGUUCGGGAUUUCGCUCCCCGGGGAGCAAGACCAAAUCCCGGGUUGGUUUCCUUUCUUUGCGGCGUCCACGUCCAAAGGAGCUCAGGGUGGGGUACGUGGUUUUCCCUACACAGCAACCCUGCGAGGUAGGUGAGGUGAAGAGACUGUUCCUGCCAGAAGGCCAACCAGUGAGCUUCUCAUAGAAAGGAACCGGGGGUCAUCAUCUUCCUUCAAUGCAGGACUCUCAGCCAAAGAAUCCAGGGCGGAGUGGAGAUUUGAACGGGGGACUCCUGGGUCUGACGCUCUAACCACUCCACCGCACUACCUUCCUUCCCUCAUCUUCCUUUUCUAUCUCUCUUCUAAACCAGGGUAGAUAAAAAUCAAUGAUUAAAAAAAAAAUCAGAUUUUUUAAAAAAAGUAAAUUGGAUUUUUUAAAUUUAAAUUGGAUUUUUAAAAUAAAAUGCUUUUGGAGGAAAAAUCUUUCUUAAGAUACAGUGGUACCUCGGGUUACAUACGCUUCAGGUUACAGACUCCGCUAACCCAGAAAUAGUACCUCAGGUAAGAACUUUGCUUCAGGAUGAGAACAGAAAUCGGGCUCCGGCGGUGCGGCAGUAGCAGGAGGCCCCAUUAGUUAAAGUGGUGCUUCAGGUUAAGAACAGUUUCAGGUUAAGAACAGACCUCUGGAACGAAUUAAGUACUUAACCCGAGGUACCACUAUAGUUUUCUAUUUAAGUUACAUUAUAGUCCAUCAGGAAAUAAGGAUUUGUUUUAAGUUUUUCAUGUAUGCUAAAAACUCAGUCUAAGGGUGUGUUUUUUUAAUUGUUUAACCACAUCAGUUAACAAACAUGGAUACAUAUGCUACAAUGUUAUUGUUUUAGUUAAAUAAAUUGUUAUUAAGGAAAUGAUUAUUUUUCUCCUUCCAGUAAAUACAGCAGAAAAGUUGUCCAAAUAUAAACGGUUAACUUAUUAAACCUCACAAUAAUUUCAUAAUUAUCUGUCAAUGCAUUUCUAAUAGUAUAACCAAAUCAGUAAUUUUUUGAUAUAACUGUAAAAACUACUCUGAAAAUUUAUUAUUCCAAAAAUGAAACCUUCAUCUGGUUGUAAAUAUUAAGAUUAUACCAGCAAGAAUGAGUCCUACUGACUAGUGAUUUAAAUUGAUUUGAUUUAAAUCAAAUCCACCAUGUUCUAAACUAUUCCUUCCUUCCUUCCUUCCUUCCUUCCUUCCUUCCUUCCUUCCUUCCUCCCUCCCUCCCUCUCUCUCUCUCUCUCUCUCUCUCUCUCUCUCUCUCUCUCUCUCUCUCAUAUGCCCUCCCUCCUUUUCCUUUUCGUUUAUUGUCCCACGUACCCAUCUACAGUGAGGGGGGAAAGUAUUUGAGCCCCUGCUAAAUUUGCCCAUUUGCCCUCUGACGAAGAAAUGACCAGUCCUUAAUUUUAAUGGUAGGUUUAUUGUAGCUGUGAGAGGCAGGAUAACGACAGGAAAAACCCCAGAAACCCACAAGACAAAAGUCAGAGACUGAUGUGCAUUGUAAUGAGUGAAAUAAGUACAGUGGUACUUUGGGUUAGAGACGCUUCAGGUUAGAGACGCUUCAGGUUACAGACUCCGCUAACCCAGAAAUAGUGCUUCAGGUUAAGAACUUUCCUUCAGGAUGAGAACAGAAAUCGCGCAGUAGCAGAGCGGCGGCAGCAGGAGGCCCCACCAGCUAAAGUGGUGCUUCAGGUUAAGAACAGUUUCAGGUUAAGAACGGACCUCCUGAACGAAUUAAGUUCUUAACACGAGGUUUGAGCUCAUUGUCCUUCCGGUCAAAAACCCACUGCCCCACUCCCAGCUUGCUUUCUCUAACAAAAUGUAUGUGCUACUUCUUGUUAAAGAAAACCUCAAAGCAGUUUACAAAAUCUAAAGUAAAACAUUAAAACGAUCUCUUUAAAAACAAGUAGGGUUGCCAUACAUCUGGAAUUUCUUGGACAUAGCUGGCAAAAAAGCUGAACAACUUUGGGCAAAACUUAAAAGAAGCUGAACAAAUUUGCAUCCCCCCAAAAAAAGUUCAACAAUUUUUGUGUCCAGAUUGGCAACCCUAAAAAUAAGUAUUUAAAAGUAUUCAGAGUCUCUUCUCUCUGUGUGUAUAAAUAUCUGGGAGAAAUAGGAUUCCAUUUACAUUUAAAGGUCAACGUACCUACAUAAUUUGCACUUUCUGAGACCAUUCACAAACUUCAACACAGCCAUCUUUCGACAUUCAUACCUCUCCAAACUUUCCAGUGCUGUUCUCCAGCCAAGAAAUGUGACCCAAACAUGCUUAUGCAAAGAGGGAAAGUGUGUCUUAAAACGAAUGUGUUUGUGAAAACAGCAUACAGAUUACUUUGUAAAAAUGUAUAUCUUAGUCAAAACUGCACAGAAAAAUGAGUGCAUUACGGAAAAAAAUGCUGAUAAAUUUUCAUGAGGACUGUUUUUUUUCUAAAGAAAAAAAUUGCAAACUGAAUUGGAUGUGUGGAGAACUGGAAGAUUGGAAAUGGAGAGAAACUGAAAUUAAUGGAAUAUAAUCUAUAUAUCCAACUUGCACUCUCUCUCUCACAUACACACACAGUUGUCUGCAUUUUAAGACUCUCCUCGUGGGGCCCAGUGAACAUCAGAAUAUAAGAAAAUCCUGCUGGAUCAGACCUGUGGCCCAUCUAGUCCAGCAACUAGUUCUCAUGAGUAGCCAACCAGAUGCAUUUGAGAAACUCGCAAAUCUGUGAUAUUUUAUCUGCACAAUCAGAAUGAAUUUCAGGAACUGAAACGCUUUUUCUGUGCAGCCUGAGCAGGAGCGGUGAACAACAACAUUAUAGUUACCGUAUUUUUCGCUCUAUAAGACGCACCAGACCAUAAGACGCACUUAGUUUUUGGAGAAGGAAAACAAGGAAAAAAGUAUUCUGAAUCCCAGAAGCCAGAACAGCAAGAGGGAUCGCUAAGCAGUGAAAGCAGCAAUCCCUCUUGCUGUUCUGGCUUCUGGGAUAGCUGUGCAGCCUGCAUUCGCUCCAUAAGACGCACACACAUUUCCCCUUACUUUUUAGGAGGGAAAAGUGAGUCUUAUAGAGCAAAAAAUACGGUACAUGUUGUAGCUUGUCUCCACCCCAUUGCCCUGCUUGCAGUUGUGAAGAAUAUUCUUACAUUAUGAAUGGUCCAGGUCACCAUUAAGAUAAAGAGGAUGGGAUAGGCCAGGGGUCAGCAAACUUUUCCAGCAGGGGACCAGUCCACUGUCCCUCAGACCUUGUGGGGGGCCGGACUAUAUUUUUUUUUUGGGGGGGAAUUAACCAAUUCCUAUGCCCCACAAAUAACCCAGAGAUGCAUCUUAAAUAAAAGCACAUGUUCUACUCAUGUAAAAACACCAGGCAGGCCCCACAAAUAACCCAGAGAUGCAUUUGAAAUAAAAGGACACAUUCUACUCAUGUAAAAACACGUGGAUUCCCGGACUGUCCGCGGGCUGGAUUUAGAAGGUGAUUGGGCCAGAUCCGGCCCCCGGGCCUUAGUUUGCCUACCCAUGGGAUAGGUCAAUGUAUACGUGGACCGUCCCUGGAACAAGUGACUUUUCUAAGUUCUAAAAAUUCUUAACCAAGCUCAAGGCUGUCAUCUGAACUAGUCGGAUGUUUAACUGAUAAUCAAUCUCAGUCAGUCCAUCCUUGGAAAAAUAAGACUACAGAGCUCUCUUGCCCAAAAUGGCAACUAGGAAUUCCUUUUUUGGCAACUGCAACCUUGGCCUAAGGAGCCAUCUGGCGCCUAGCUUAUCUAUCUCAGUUUCUAACACUAAGCAUAGUGGUUGUCCAUCAAGAACAGCCUUUUCCUCCGCGAUCUUGUCCAAUUCUUUUUCAAAACCACCCAAGCUGGUGGCCACCACCAGCACCUCCUGUGGGACAGUUUCAUAGUUUAAUGAUGUGCUGUGUGAAGAAGCAGCACCGUAUUUUUUGCUCUAUAAGACGCAACAGACCAUAAGCCACACCUAGUUUUAGGGGAGGAGAACAAGAAAAAAAAAAUUCUCUCCCUCUCUGCGUAGCGCUUCAGUGAAGCGGCAGGAAAAAUUGAGCCCUUUCUGUUUCUCCUCCCGCUUCACUGAAGGGGCGCUGCGCAGAGAGGGAAAGCUGCGCAGUGCCUCUCCAGCAAAGCGAAGCCAGGAGAGCAAGAGGGAUCGGUGCGCACCGAUCCCUCUUGCUCUCCUGGCUUCAGCGAAAGCAACGUGAAGCCUCCGGAGCACAGCGGGAGCUCCUGGUGCGCUCCGGAGGCUUCAUGUUGCUUUCGCUGAAGCCAUGGAGCCUGCAUUCACUCCAUAAAACGUACACACAUUUCCCCUUACUUUAUAGGAGGGGAAAAGUGCAUCUUAUAAAGCGAAAUAUACGGUAGCCAAUGGGGGCCUUUCCUACUGAACCUCCUGCACUUCAAAAGAAAUUCCCACUGCACCACCGAUCCCUACCAUUGCAUACAAUAGCAAACGUUUCACAGUCUGCCAUUAUUGGGUAGCCCCCCGGGCUAUUGUCCCCCCCUGGCCAAUCACAGGGCUCAAAGCCAGUCCCUCAUUUGAAUGCUUGCUGGUAUAUAAGAGCACUGCUUGCAUGAGGUCACCAGCAUUUGCAAUGUGCAGAAAGCCAAGCAAGAGCGGGGAAGGAAGACAUGGCGGCUCUUAAAACGUACAGGAUGUCCUACUCCCUGAGGAACAGGAGGAGGAGCUGGCUGAGGAGGCGUGGCCUGGAAAAGAGGAGGAGGAGCUACGAAUGGAGGCGGAGCCGAGAGCGGAGGCGGGGGUUGAGCCGCCGGCCUAGCAGGCCACAGAAGACACCUGCCAGGAGAAGGAGAGUUCUGCCCAAGCCUAGGAGGAACAUCUGCAUUGUCCGGUUCCCGAGGCGAGGCUACCGGAUGAAGUGCCCCUUGAUGUCCUGGUGUUUCAAUAGGUGGAUGCGGGGCAGCAGCAACCCUUCGCAUGGGGCCAGAUAUUCCCUGCGCUCCAGCCGGCCGAUGGUCCUUCGGAGUCGCGCACCCAAGAAGUGCCCGCCAGGCCCUCGCCGCUGCCCUGACUUCCUUCAGGCUGCCCUGAGGGAGAUAGCGAGCAAGAAGCGCGCCAAGUGGGUGGCCUCUUCCCUCCCCAAGAAGCGGCGGCGUUACUCAGACGAGGAGAUUUUCUACCGCUUGGCGAAACCCUCCAAAGCGGAAGAAUCGGGAGAGGAGGAGAGCGGUGACAAGGACGUGGAGAGCUCAGCUGCUGGGAUAGCCCAGUCCGCGGAGAGCGGACUUCAAGAGACCAUAAGCUAGAGACAGACACCCCUCUCCUCCUUCUCAGAACAGCAAACAGGCUUGGGCAAUGAUCCAGAGGAGAAGAGAGGAAGAAGGGAAUAAUAAUCAUAAUUUUAAAAAAUAAGAACCCUGUGUUGAAAGAUCCAAGAACUUAAAGGAGACCACCUGCACCCAUAUUCCAAUCCUGAUUUUUAAUUUGUUUAUUUUUUAGGCUGUUUAUCUCUGCCUCAGUGGGGGGCAUCGGGAAAGUUUUUUUGAGCCAUGGCAUAGUCAGCGAAGAACAUGGAAAGGAUAUCCGCCUCUCUCCCUUGCUAGCAAGAGGCAAACAGAAAUCGGCUCCCACUGCUACGAGAACAAAAGGAUUGUUGUUGUCCAGGGUGCUCCCUCCUCACCCCAGGAAUUCUUCUUGAAAUACUAAUAAAUCUGGAUCUUUUGGAACACAUGGGUUGCCUUGUGGAAUGCUGAGGAGCAAUUGGGUUGGGUGGGGAAUAUGGAAGAAAAGGCUAUGAGUGACCACUAGACAUGAUGGCUACGUUCUCCCUCCACUGUCAGAGACAGUACGCCUGCGAAUACCAAUUGCUGGGAACCGCAAGGUGGGAGGGAGCUGCUGCUGCUGCUGGGCUGGGCUAAAAUAGGCCAUCAUCCUGAUUCAGAAGGACUCCCCUUAGGUGGGUGUAAGAGUCCAAGAUCACUUCUGCUCACUAAGACCCAGCAGCUACCGUUUAGGGCUGGGCCUGGUUUUGAGGGAGUCUUUGGCAGAGUUCCCCCCCAACCCCUAUUUGCUUACUGGCCAUUGUGGGAAAGGAGAAGACAAGGCGGGGCAAGAAGGAAUCUCCAGCAGUCCUGACUGGUGCCCAUUGGGGACUGGUAGGGCAGAUGUCUGGGAGCCAAACAGUAGGGGGAGCCAGAACGAAUCACAGGCAGUCCCAAUUAAUUCUCGCUUUGUCCCCAUCCUCUUCCCUGCUGAGUUCCACAGUAAGGAGAAGGCUAUCGAUGAGAACAGGUUGCUGGACUUGAUAGGCCAUUGGCUUGAUCCGGCAGCCUCUUCUAACGUUCUUGCAGGGCGGCGCUGAGACCCAAGGCCACAAUCAAACCACACAACUCGCAGAGUGUUUAACAAUCAGUCGUUCCUCACAGGGAACUCUGGGAAUUGUAGUUCUCAGAGGGGAUACAAGGGGUCUCCUAACAUCUCUCAGCACCCUUAACAAACUGCAACUCCCAGAAUUCUUUGAGGGAAGCCAUGUUUGUUUAAAGUGGACUCAUGGUGAUUCACAUGUAAACAAAGGAGGAAGCUGAAAGCAAGGGUUGCUCCCUAGGAUGGAAGGCAGGCAGGUGGGGCUGUCUGAGGUUGGUGGGCCAGUGCCCCAUUCACCAAAUAAGUCUCCACUGGGGGGGGGGGGUUGUUUUGCUGUUGCUAUGGUUGAACAAUUGGGAGUCAUAAUACCUCUCCCAAGCAUAAUAUUUUAUGCCUCCAUCAUGUCACCCAAUCAGUCUUUCCUGGCAUUUCCCCCUCAAUUUCAAAAGACACAAAUGUUUUAACCUUUCCUUAUAAGGAUCUCCCCCCCCCCCCAAAAAAAAAAUUACCUGAACAUUUCUGGGUUAAGAAGUCUUGCCUAGAGUUUAUCCCACUGGCCUGAAGCCAUAAAUGAAGAUGGAAACAAACAAAAAAUGCUCAGGGUGUACCACUUUUUGAGUUCUUGAGAUUGUUCUUCUCUGCUUAGGAUUUAUCUUUUAAAAAAACAACAAUGUAUUUUCAUUGGUGCUGCUUUAUAUCAUAUACCACCCAUGAUAAUUGAAUGAAGGCUAAUUGAAUCAUCAUAAGUAAUGACUGCAUAUAUGUGUCUUUCUAAAGCACAUCAAAGUGCAAGUAGAUAAAUAGGUACCGCUCCGGCGGGAAGGUAAACGGCGUUUCCGUGCGCUGCUCUGGUUCGCCAGAAGCGGCUUAGUCAUGCUGGCCACAUGACCCGGAAGCUGUACGCCGGCUUCCUCGGCCAGUAAAGCGAGAUGAGCGCCGCAACCCCAGAGUCGGCCACGACUGGACCUAAUGGUCAGGGGUCCCUUUACCUUUACCUUUUUAACAAGUUCAGGACACAAUGUAUACAUUUCAAAAGAUCCAGUUUUAUUAUUACUCCAAGAUGAAGUUCCUGAGGGGGACUGGGAAACAGUCUUUGGAUACAAUGACAAAUCCCUUUUCAUUUUCCUUCAAGUGGUAGCCAAUUUCUGUCUGUUUCUUGUUAGCGAGGAAAGGAAUAAUUAUUUGUUCAAGGGGUAGGUUCAGAGAUGCGGGCCUUUUUUGAGGUGACGGGUGUCUCUUGGAUAUUUAUCCAAUGGCUCAAAUUUCUUCUUUUCUCCUCCUGCAGGCAUUGAUAAAUCUAUUAGUUCUGCAAAAAUGGCUCCAGGACAGGAUCAGAAUGUGGGUGGUGACACGCCCCUUCAGUUCCCUUGGAUCUUUUGAGCAGGCCGGUGGCUUAUGUAAUAUACAUUUUGCCUCCCUCUUCUCCCUUCGGUUUUCUGUCAGGCCUGCUUGCUGUCCUGAGAAGAGCGAGGGAGAUGUUCGCCUAGCCUGAUACCUCCUGGAGCUCAUUCGCCGUUGGCUGAGGUACUCCUGGAGCCAUGUUUUCUGCCCCUGGGUUGGUGGGUGAGCCCUGGUCUUUUGAUCUGUAGGGCUUUGCCAACUUGUAGAAAAUCUCCUCAUCGGAGUAACGCUGGCGCUUCCUGGGGGAAGCUGGCGCCACCCACUUGGCUCGCUUCUUGCUCGCCACUUGCCUGAGGGUGGUGUGGAGGAAGUUGGGGCAGGAACAAGGGUGCUGCUGAUUCCGCUGCCUGCCCAGCCGCAGGGACAUCUUGUGGUGGACAUCCGCUAUGCAGGGGAUCAAGGCGGCUUUGGCCUUCUGUAAGGAAAGGAUGUCGUCCCGCAUCUUCCGGUUGAAAUACCAGGACAGGAGAGGGCAUGAUGUUAAGUAGCUGCUUCUCGGGAACCUGAUAAUGCAAACGUUCCUCCUGGGUUUCUGAGGUAGCUUCCCUCGUCUGUUCAAGAUCCUCUGGGCUCUGCUUUGCUGGCUCUUUCUACCCCUUUUGAUGGUAGCCAUGGCCUCUUGCUGGUUCGUCCUCUCCAGCUCAACUGCCCCACCUGCAAAUACUGGUGACCUCCGGCCAGCACUCCUCUUAUAUACCGGCAGGCAUUCAAAUGAGGGGCUACUUCUGAGUCCUGUGAUUGGCUGGGGAUGAACAAUCGCUCAGGGGGCUAUCCAAUAAUGAGGGACUGUGAGGCAUUUGCCUCUGUGUGGAAUUAUGGGGGUGGAGUAAAACAUUCAGGGCACAAGCCAAUAUAGCACAAGCAUCCAUGGAAAAUUCUGCAUCAACCCAGCACUAUUUUACACCGUAAACAAGUUUGAGUGUGCUUAACUUUGGCUGUUCCUUUUCUUUCUCUCUUUUUUUGUAUCUGAGUGUGUAUAUAUAUAUAUAUAUAUAUAUAUAUAUAAAAAUCAGCGUCAACAUUCUUCUCUACCCCCCCUUUCCUAGCUGCAGGGUAAAAUAUUUUCUUUAUUUUGUGCCAUUUGGAGCUGUUGUGUUUUAUUAAAAUCUUUUAUUCUUCUGAAACACAAAAAUACAUCAGAUGUUCUGAAUUAACUUUCCGCUAUGCUUCAUUUCUACACGCUGGCUCAUUUGUAAAUCUCUUUUCCUUUUUGGUAAACAAAACAUUUUUAUUUAAAAUGUUCUUUUUUAAAAACAACAACCCCACCAAUGGUCCUUUAUUCAGCUGAAAUAAAGUGGGGAUAAAAAGUUCUGAACGCGUUCAAAAUAUUUUGUUGUUACCUGAUGCAGUUUGGAAACAAGAAAUUCCUUCCUUGGGGUGAUAAUCAACACUCCAAAAAACAUUGGAAUAUAAGAAGGGCCCUUCUGGAUCAGGACAGUGGCACAUCUAAUCCAGCAUCCUGUUCUUACAGUGGCCAACAAGGUGUCCCAAUUCCACCUUUAAAUCCUGGUAAUGUCCAGGGAAAUCCAGACGCAUGGCAGCCCUAAUGAAAAGCCAGCUAUGAUGGGAGUUGUAGUCCAAAGAGACUGUGCUUGGUGGAGCUGAUGGGAGUUGAAAUGGGUAGGGCUGUAUCUUUCCAUCUUUGUGCAUAUAGCAGCUUCGCUGCUGCAGUCAUAUAUUGGAGUGGUCUUUCAUAGAGCCAGUGUGGUGUAGUGGUUAAGAGCGGUAGACUUGUAAUCUGGUGAACCGGGUUCGCUUCCCCGCUCCUCCACAUGCAGCUGCUGGGGGACCUUGGGCUAGUCACACUUCUCUGAAGUCUCUCAGCCCCACUCACCUCACAGAGUGUUUGUUGUGGGGAAGGAAGGGAAAGGAGAAUGUUAGCCGCUUUGAGACUCCUUAAGAGGAGUGAAAGGCGGGAUAUCAAAUCCAAACUCCUCCUCUUCUUCUUCUUCUUCCUCCUCCUCCUCCUCCUCCUCCUCUUCUUCCAUAGUCCUUUUUCUAAUUGUCCUUGCAAGUUUCCUAGAAGCAGUUGGCUUCUUGCUGUGGAAAACAGGACGCUGGGUGGAUUUGAUCCAGUAAGACUCAUAAACCAGGUGGAGGGAAAGGCGAAUGAAAUGAAACUCCUACUGAACAGAGUUGUAAGCAAGCCUCACUUGCGUGACUGCUUUCAAUUACUGCUUUGUUUUGAGUAUGGGAAGAACAUCCCUCCGGCAUUGACUCUGGACAUUUUCUUCCCCCUUCCCUGCUCCCUGUGGCUUGGACCACUUGACGCAGCCAUCUGGAUUGCGUUACCAAAUUGAGUCCUUGCUUGCAGGUCCUUCUUGCCAGCAGAGCAAAGGAGAACCUUUUUGAUUUAUAUCAGUUUCUUCCACAUUUCGUCUUUCUGCUUCUUUGUGACUUGGGGGGUCUCCCUUUAAGCACAGGGUUGGGGGACUGGAUGCUGCCGGUGGGUCAGAUCCGUAACCUGGUCCUACUUUUGUCAGUGCCAAUCAGCUGAUCAGAGGUUGCAGCAAUCUCUUUGGAGACGGGCUUCCAGUGCCAAUCAGCUGACCUGGAAGCUGCAGUUAGUGCAGAAUGCUGCAGCGCGAUUGCUAACAGGAGUGAGGCCUUGUCAUCGUGCAACACCUAUUCCCAGAGAUGUGCACUGGUUUACAAUUUGCAAUUUCCCUUAAAACUGAACAGGUCCAGAACUGUCCCACAUCCAUUGACUGGGAGGGCUGUGACCCACAAAAACUCUACACCUUGAUUCUCACAGACCUGGAUGUUCCCAGCAGGACGGAUCCGAAACUCAGGUGAGAGAGACCACAAAAGGGACCUUCUCUCCUUUUGGCAUACUCCUGUCUUUAUAGAAAUAUGCAUGUUUUCAAUUAUCAUCCUAAGUGACGCGGGUGGCGCUGUGGGUUAAACCCCAAAGCCUAGGACUUGCCGAUCAGAAGGUCGGCGGUUUGAAUACCCGCGACGGGGGGAGCUCCCAUUGCUCGGUCCCAGCUCCUGCCAACCUAGCAGUUCGAAAGCAUGUCAAAGUGCAAGUAGAUAAAUAGGUACCACUCUGUCGGGAAGGUAAAUGGCGUUUCUGUGCGCUGCUCUGGUUCGCCAGAAGCGGCUUAGUCAUGCUGGCCACAUGACCCAGAAGCUGUACGCCGGCUCCCUCGGCCAGUAAAGCAAGGUGAGUGCUGCAACCCCAGAGUCGGUCACGACUGGACCUAAUGGUCAGGGGUCCCUUUACCUUUAAUGAUCAUCCAGGGAGGGUGGAAUAACUGUGCAGCCACACAGGGGCGUAGCGUGGGUUGUCAGGACCCGGGGCAAGGCAAGUAAUUUGCACCCCCUAACCCGUGGAUUUGCGCCCCCUAACCCUAACCCCCAGAUGUUGCGCCCGGUGCGGCCGGCCCCCCCUGCACCCCCCACGCUACGCCACUGCAGCCACACAGGGAAGGACCAUAGCUCAGUGGUGGGGCAAUACUUGAUGGAUCAAUUGGUGCUUGAUGGAUCAAUUGGUCUGACUUUGGUGUUUGGCAGCUUCCUCUGUUCUUAGCAUCUUUGAGUUAUUUAGAGCACUUGUACACUGCUUUUCAGCUGAAAAGCACAUGCUGCAUUGCUGAGUUAGGUGGUAGAUUUUACCAAAUAGGGAAACCAUGGAGGAUUAAUGUGGAACACUUGGUUUGGAUGUUGAAUUCUGAAUGCACCUUCCCUGCUCUUUUUCCUCCUGUAGAGAGUGGCAUCAUUUCCUGGUGACCAACAUGCAAGGCAACAACAUCGGCAGUGGGUGCAUUUUGUCGGAUUAUAUUGGAUCUGCGCCUGCCAAGGGAACAGGUAGGCAAACCAUUGUAGAGGGGUGGGCAAACUUUCUCUGCAGGCCAGACCUUUAUGAGUCUAGCUUUGUGGGCCAAAUUUGACAGGUGGGCAAGGGUGUCACACACCUGAUGUCACAGACAGUUGGGUGCUUUGAAGUCCCAGAGUUGGGAGUUGCUGGACUUGCAAAGAACCCCACAUAGUGCUUUAAAGUACUCAUGGUUGUGGCAUUACCACUCACCAUCUGAUUGACAGUAGAGCCAGAGGCUGCUUUAAGGCUCUCUGAUUGUGUAUCUCUACCCCUAGCACAUCUCAAACCCCAAGUCCAAGGCAGGUGGCUGUAGAUUAGGGGAAGCAGCCCCAUGGGCCAAAUUUGAACCCCUGGUGGGCCAAAUUUGGCCUGCGGGCCAAAGGUUCCCCACCUCUAACCUUGGCACUAGGGUGAGAACCUCAGCCUUGGGGCCAGAUGUGGCCUUCUGGACUUCUUUAGGCUGAUUUGACAGGAGUGAGUGUGCAGGCCUGAGGCAGAAGAACUUGAAAGUCUUGCAUUUUCAAAGCAAGCACCUGUUACAGCACAAGCAGCACAGAACAGACAAGAACAAGGUUGCUUCAACAGCCCUUCAAGGCACUGUGGUAAAAUUGUUCCUACUGACUGAAAGUUUAAAAAGUCGUAUCUUUGGCAUUUUCCCUAUAUGACAAAUCUGGGGAGAAACUUUACCAUUUUGCUGACAAAGGCAGCAGGGUAGCCAUUCAGCGGAGUUUUGAUCCAGUGUUUGCCCUGAUCUGAUGCAUACACACCUACCAUACAGAAAGGCUUCCUCCUGCUGAGACUGAGGGGAAGUGACUUCCAAAAUCAUCUUGGGUGGGAGGGCACCAGCUUGGAAACUUUGUGGAUUCUCUACCUUAAGCUUUGAGAGUUUGGAAGGUGGUGAUUGCCUUGCCUAAGAGACUGAGCAAAGGGCUGGCUGGUUUGUUCCAAGACAAGUAGGGACUUCGCCCUGCGCCAGGAACCCAGAAAUCAAAUACAGAGCACAUUAUUUGCUUUUAGAUGGGUUGAUUGCUUUACCUUUUGAGAGAUUAGCAGUGUGAUGUUUGAUUGGACUAGAUGCCAAGUGCCGUUCAAACAUGAUUUGAUGUGCAUGGAGAGGUGAGACAUUUCUUUCCUCCUUGACAGAUUCUUGGCUUUUUAACUGGAGUAAAUGGCUGGGAGUGUUUCUUCUUAAGAAACAAACUUAAAGCCUUGGGUAUUUUUUAGAAGGCACAUCUCUGCCUCUCCCUGGGAAGGCACUUUCAGGGCAGCUCAAGUUGGGGACCAUCACUGCCUCUUGUGGCAAUGAGUUCCACAGUUUACCUGUGCCCUGCAUGAAAUAGUACUUCAGCUCGUUGGACCGGUAAUCUGAGUUGGGAUCAGGCAGCUCCCAUACAUUCCUAUCAGUUUAAUCUGCAACACAGCCCUUAAGAACCUAAGAAUGUGAGAAGAGGCUGCUGGAUCAGGCCAAUGGCCCAUCUAGUCCAGCAUCCUGUUCUCACAGUGGCCAACCAGGUGCCGUAAUGGGAAACCUUCAAGCAUGGUGCAAGAAAAAGAGUCCUCUCGCCUCUUGUGGUUUCCAGCAAUUGGUAUUGAGAAGCACUGCCGCCUCCAAUGGUGUUGGCACAGCAGCUCCAUCGUGGCUGGUAGCCUUCAAAAGCCCUCUCCUCCAUGAAUUUGUCCAAUCCUCUUUUAAAAACUUCUUGGUUGGUGCCCAUUGUUGCCUCUUGUGGCAGUGAGUUCCACAGUUUAACUAUGCAAUGCAUGAAGAAGUCCUUCCUUUUAUCUAUCCCAAUUCUUCCAGCAUCCAUCACCAUUAGAUGUCCACAAGAGUGGAAGAAUUGGGGUUUUUUUUAUUAAAAAAAAACUGGAUAAAUUUUCGGUACAGGACUCAUUUGGAUUCUGAGCUGCCUGUAUGGUACGGCACAACGACACUUUUCCCCCUGGCGCUGUUGGGCCCGCCCUCACUUAAAUAUAGUGCACCCACCUCACAGGACACCAGUUCCACAAAUUCCCACAAACCACCCCAGAUUAUCUUGUGGGGGAUUUGUGUGAGGGAAAACUUAAUAAUUUGGAGGCAGGAUUUGAUCAAAUAAAGAAUAAAGAUUUUAUUUAGCAAAGGAAGUUUGUGACACAAGUGGGUACAACAUAGGAUACUUCAGAUUAUGUUAUUUCACUUCAGUGUUGCACAGCUGUUGCUGCUUAAUACUUUGGUUCUUAAACAAGGUGGUACUUCCUGUCAGUUACACACCCCUUUGACAACCCUACUCCUGAGGUACUCUUAAGUAACAGACUCAAGGGAUCACCACACCCAUCUUAACUGGUUUGGGAGUCUUCUCUUUGUAGCAGAAUCACUCCCCUCCUGACUGGAAUGAGACCCAAGUAGACUCUAUCUUUCCAGUUUCUACUUCUCCUGACUCAGCCUCCCAGUUAAUUCCUGGCCUAUUACUCUCUCAGGACACCACACAGUGUCCUUCACACUAAGCUCAGAGACUCCUUUCUGUAGCUUUUGAUAUAUUCCGCAGAGUGGAUGUUUCUAGCCAGAACCAACUCUCUCUCCUCUCACUCCCUAUCUCCCAACCUAUUCUCCCAACCUCAAUCCUAGCCUAAAGGUAAAGGUAAAGGGUCCAGUGGUGGAUGACUCUGGGGUUGCGGCGCUCAUCUCGCUUUACUGUCUGACAGAGCUGGUGUACAGCUUCCGGGUCAUGUGGCCAGCAUGACUAAGCUGCUUCUGGCGAACCAGAGCAGCACAUGGAAACGCCGUUUACUUUCCCGCCGGAGUGGUACCUAUUUAUCUACUUGCACUUUGACGUGCUUUCAGACUGCUAGGAUGGCAGGAGCAGGUACCAAGCAACGGGAGCUCACCCCGUCGUGGGGAUUCGAACCUCUGACCUUCUGAUCGGCAAGCCCUAGGCUCUGUAGUUUAGACCACAGCGCCACCUGUUAGACCACAGCCCCCCCCUACCCCUUUUCAAUUCCCUCUUCUGGAACCCUGGCCAGUCAGAAGCUGCCAUUCAUUAACCGUUUGCUGGCAGGGAAAAAGAAAAAGAAAAUACUUGGGUACCCAACCUGCCCAGCAAAACAUACUUUUCUGUCACACCCUGUGAGUAAAGGACCGUGAACUCUGCAAAUGCCUGCGGAUAAGGCUGCCAGGCCCUGAGAUGGAAAGUGCCUUGACUUGACUUUCCUUGCAGAUUGAAUGCCCCUUUUGUGCAAAGGAUUAACUUGUGCGUCAACACACAGCCUAGGGGAGCCAGGUAACAAAAAAUCCACACCCAUAGCAGGCUUUAAAGGUACAUUGAGAGGGCUUAAGUCAGUGUGGGAGAGGCAAGGUCUUGCCUUCUUGUGACACACCCUUCUGGAUUUAUUUCUGGCUGCUGCACCAGCAGAACUGACUUGCUGGGCUGGGCUGAUCCAUUAACCAGCUCCUGCCAACCUGGUGCCCUACAGAUCUUUUUCAGAUUACAACUCCCCAUCCCAGCCCCCACAAGGACCCUGUGAGGUGGGUUAGCCUGAGAGAGGCAGUGGUUGACCCCAAGUCACCCAGUGGGCUUCAUGGCUGAGUGGGGAUUUGAACCCUGGUCUCUCCCAGGUCUAGCACUCUAGAGCUCUAACCACUAAGCAGCACUACCCAGUCAAAAGUUAGUUCCUGGACAGCACAGUAGGUUACCUGGUCGGAGUCUUGCACACCACUGCAUGAUGAAAAUGCAUUUAUAGUAAUUAUUUGCUUACAUACAAAUUACAUAUGUGAAAUUUCAUAGAAUCAUAAAAUUGUGCAGUUGGAUGGUACCCAAAGGGUCAUCUAGUCCAACUCCCUGCAAUGCAGGUAUCACAGCUGUAGAUCUGUGUCCACUUUGGCCAAUGCGUAAGUGGCUUCCCUAAGGGAAGGUGGACUUCUUUUGGGACACUCUUGCCUCUUUCUAGUUGCCGUUUUCUAGUUCUACAACACCUUCUUAUACUGUACAGGAGAUGGCAUUUCAACAAUCUCUUGAUUAUUACUGUGUUAGAAUUGUUAAAACAAAAAGGAACUAUGGGAGUCUGCAAUAUGAAGUGGAGGAACCUAAAAGGAAGUAACUACUUACCUUGUUCCUCUCUGGAUGCUUUUCUGCUCCAUCCCAUCCCAAGCUAUUCUUUUCCCUGCCUUUUUUGACAGGAAAAAAGGCAGGAAAAAGAAUAGAUCUCUUCCCCAUCUCCUGCUGCUUCCAUUCUAUUCUAUUCUCUUCCUCUCCUCUCUUGGCUGUCAUUUCCACACACACACACCCUUGGAAGUACUAAAAUGGGCAAUCCCAGCCAUUCCAGAAGUGAGCAGACCCAGAUCUCUGUACUGUGUGUAGUCAAUAGUAUUUGGCUAACCAAUGUUGCUACCUAGGAGCAAAUGGAGGCAGUUAAGAAUGAGGGCAGUGGGCAAGAAGCCAGUUGAGAAUGAGGGCAAUGUGCAUGAAGCCAUUUAAGAAUGAGGGCAAUGUUCAUAAAGCCAGUUGAGAAGGAGGUUAAUGUAAAUAAGCUGAACAUUUUCAUACUCAUUUCUUUAAAAAAAAGAAGUCAGAAAGGGUUGCUUUUCUGUAUUGAGAAAAAACAACACAGUUUUGACAGUCGUACCAAAAUCUUUGCAUUAUAUCCUUGCCCAUUGUAGGACUUCACCGCUAUGUGUGGCUGGUCUACGAGCAGCCACAGCGACUGACCUGCGACGAGCCCAUCCUGAACAAACUUACCGCUGCCAAGCGCGAGAAGUUCCGAGCCUCGUCCUUCCGCAAGAAGUACGGAUUGGGUGCGCCUGUGGCAGGCAUGUGCUACCAGGCCGAGUGGGACAGCCAUGUGCCAAAGAUCUACGAGCGGCUUGGCGUCAAAUAGCCUGCCAUGUGAAUCCCAUUGCAACUGAAUAAAAAAAGAGAGAGGGUGGUAUCCAACGUUAAGCCUUACUUGGAACACUCUUGCUGAAAACAGUGGGUGUGACUCUAGUCUAUUGACUUCAGUGGGCCUACUCUUGAGUAGAAUGCAACCCACUGAGCACAGGGAGAUUUGUGGCAGUUUCCCCUUAACUUGGCAAGCCUUUUCAGGUGCUCUAUAAUAAAAGCAAUCAAAAUACC